UACUUUAUCACGAUAUUUAUUUUGCCAAGUACAGGAACAUAUGCGGAAUAUGGCGCCAUAUUGAGAAUUUGUCAACUGCGCCAAAAUUCUAGUUGCGAUUCUGUCAGCUGCACAGAGAGCAGUAUCGACGGAAACUUAACCUCUUCGUCGAGAAACUACAGCGCUUGAUAUCGAAGUAACAUGUACAUGUGAAAAACAAGUAACGCUGGAGCAAGUUUCGUCGUUCGUUAAUUCUUACGUAACAAACAGCGACAAUAUUAAUAAUAACGAUAAGAUUAGUCCCGUUUGGCCAAGUUACGUCGCAAUGAACGCGAAACAGCGCGUAACGAUGACUUGGGUCGUGCCGAGGGCAAGUGCAAGCUGCGUAUGGACUAGAUCGUUCGUACACUAGUUUCUAGACUAUCAAAGCGACUCAUGGUCGCGUAGUGAAGUGCUUACGUUGUUCGUAUCCGUCCGUUUCACUGUUUUCACUGACAACGUAUCCAUUCUUUGUUUCGUCGCAUUUGUGCGUCGGUAAACGAUCUAAAUAUGGGUACAACUUCGAACGCGACAUACUUAGGGCUCGAUCUCAGCACGCAGCAGCUGAAAGCGGUGGUCGUUGAUAAUGAUCUCAACGUUCUCUGCGAAACCAGCGUGCAAUUUGACAAUGAUCUGCCGGAGUUUAGAACUUAUGGAGGGGUCAUUCAAAAGAAAGACGAACCACGCGUGGCGGUAGCUCCCACCUUGAUGUGGGUGAAGGCCUUGGACAUGAUCCUUGAUAAAUUACGCGUCUGUGGUGUCGAUUUUAGCAAGGUAGCCGCCAUUUCCGGGUGCGCACAGCAACAUGGCACAGUUUACUGGGGCAAGGGCAGUCGAAAUCACUUGCAACAAUUGAAUCCCACGAAAUUCUUGCACGAGCAGUUGGUCACGUCGUUUUCGGUGACUCCGUCUCCCGUGUGGAUGGAUUCCAGCACGACCAAGGAAUGUCAUAUUUUAGAAGAGAUCGUGGGUGGUCCUCAAAAAUUAGCGGAGAUAACGGGAUCUCGGGCCUACGAAAGAUUCUCAGGACCUCAGAUAGCGAGGAUAGCGCGCAGGAAGCCCGAGGCUUACAAUAACACUGAGAGAAUCUCUGUAAUUAGCAGUUUUCUUGCUUCCCUGUUUGUGGGCGACUUUGCGCCCAUCGAUUACUCAGAUGGAUCUGGAAUGAAUUUGUUAAAUAUUCGUACCAAAGACUGGGACGACGUUUUGUUGGAGGCUUGCAGCUCGAAUCUAAGAGAGAAACUAGGCAAACCUGUUUCCUCGUAUAGCGACAUUGGGCCAAUUUCAUCCUAUUUCGUUGAAAGAUUCAAUUUCGACGAAUCAUGCAGAAUAAUUGCUUUCACAGGGGACAAUUCUGGUUCUCUGAUAGGUAUGAGAUUGAAGGAAGGAGAUAUCGCCUGCAGUUUAGGAACAAGCGAUACUUUGUUUUUGUGGUUGAAUAAUCCCAAAACUGUCUUGGAAGGUCACGUCUUUUGCAAUCCCCUCGACGAUAAUGCUUAUAUGGCACUGCUCUGUUUCAAGAAUGGAUCUCGGACCCGUGAAAGAAUACGCGAUAGUGCAGCUCAAGGGUCUUGGCAGAUUUUUAACGAACUGUUGGAGAGUACACCGCGUGGUAAUUUUGGGAAUUUAGGUUUAUACUUCGACGCACAAGAAAUUUUACCAUUCGUCAGCGGUGACCAUAGAUUUAAUAAAGCCAACGACGAGAUAUCUCGGUACAGUUCGAAGGAGGUAGAAGUAAGGGCUCUAAUCGAGGGUCAAUUCGUUGCGAAAAGAGCCCAUGCCGAGGAUUUUGGUUUCGUUAUUGGUCCAAACACGCGCAUUAUUGCAACGGGUGGUGCAUCUACAAAUAAGGCUAUACUACAAGUAAUUUCAGACGUUUUCAAUUCACCAGUGUAUACAUCGGAAAUAGCCAAUUCGGCUAUGCUAGGUGCAGCCUACCAAGCAAAGCACGCCUUAUUACGAAAUGAGAGUAGCUUCGAUGAAAUAACACGCUGCUUGCCUGAACCAACGCUCGUAUGCCGUCCUUACGAUGAUGCAGAUUCCAUAUACAAGUCGAUGGUUACGCGUUAUCGGAAGAUCGUGGACCAAAUUAAAAAAUAGCAAAGUAUAAACUGAAACGCGUAAAGCUUAUAUGUAUAUCACACAAAACUGGUUAAACGAAGGGGCCUUCAUAUUGCAUAUAUGUAGUAAUAGACGAUAGGAAAGCAUUUCUGCAACUGCGUGAUAGAUUUUUAUAUGAUAUUUUUUAAACAAUUUUUAGAAGUCUACCUUUAAAAUUGAAAUAUUAAAAUUUCAAUUAACUUUAAUAUACAGAUGAAAAAUGUUCGAAGCAAUGACGAAGAACAUCGUCGUGAAUCUCUUCCUAAGGAUAUUACGUGCUACUUUAUAAGAAACGAUUAAAAAUAAAUAUUGUACUUUAAAUAUGUAGCCAACGAAUGUUUCACCGCAUAAUAUGGCUAAAUACAAAUUGCUAAUGCUUUACCGAUAAAAUUACAAGGUAAAAUUAAGUGCAAUUUUUUAAAUGCCAACUAAUUUUGUGUAUAUUUACAAAUUUUAUUAUAGUUUAAUUUAUUAAAUCUUUAUUUAUUGCUACAUAAAAUCAAUGAAAAAUUAUAGGGAAUU